AAAAAUUCCCCUGUCGACAUAACGAACUCAGUUGCCAAUAGAGUCGAGCGCGGCGGUGUUUUCUCGUGGCUCUAUCUUGAAUUGGUGUUGCCAGCAAAACGCCAGGGCCAACAGUUGUUUGUUGCGUUGUGUGUCAAUAUAUGCCAGCAGGUGUGCGGACACCAGCCUGGAUGCAAGCAGCGGCAGCUUUGCCCGAGUGCACCGACUUUCCUUGUCUGAAGAGGCACCCCUCUAUUCCCACCGUCCCAAACCUGGGCCCCACAAAGCAACCGCUUCGUCAGUUCGUCCUCGCAUCGGGCUUCGGCGAGUGGGCCAGAGUAUCCCUGUGCAAAAGAAGCCAAAUAUAAGUUCAGUCGUUUGGUUGGAGUUGAGGAACUCAACUACUUGUACAUCAAACUCCCACAUUUCCGAGGAUGGAUGAUGCGUGUUUAAAAUACUGCUGUGUUUUAAUCCUGAUCCCACCGCCUUCACACAACGAGUCUACUGUUAUCACUGCCGUCUCCUUUGAUUUCUUACCCCAAGCCCCAACUCGCUACCCAGCGCGAGC